AUGUAUGUGCCUGUAUUGAUCCUCCCUUUGAACAGUUUGGACGUUGAUGUGAUCCUAGUGCCUCGGAUCAUUAACAAAGAACUGUUAUCCGUCGGGCGUCGUGUCGAAGACGCGGUCAAAUUGACCUGUACCGCGCUGGCUAACGGUCCACCGGAAAUGCAAUUCGAGUUUAGUCAGAGCAGCGGUGGUGAUUGGCGACCGAUCGAACCGCGUUACAAAUUAAGCGUACAACGACUGCCGCCUGAUCCACGUAAUCCAUUUCUGCAGCGACUGGUUCUGGAAAUCUCCGAUCUGCGUCGCACGGAUCACGGUUUGUAUCGAUGCAGCGUAUGGAAUCAAGCUGGACGCGUUCAAGCUAUCGGUCAUGUGCUCGUCCACUCGGAGCCGGAGAUCGAAGUGGUCCCACACCAGACCAACUACUACGUGAGCCACAAGCCGUGGCGCGCUUCGUGUCAUGUGACUGGUUAUCCCCUGUUCGCGACCGGUGGGACAACCGAACCGAUCACCAUGCAACCGAAUCAAAUCGGUCUGAACGAACCAACUGAACGAGGAGGUGACAUGGUAGCGGACGAAACCCAAGGGAAUCGUGGUAAGAACACGAAAUGGUAG